AUGUCAUCUUUUUUAACAAAUUUCUCAUUUUCAAAAAAAGAGGAUAAUAAAUUUGAUAUUUCGUCAAUAUUUAUCUCCUUCAUAACUGUCUGCGCUUUAUCAACUUUUUGCGGGUUAAUUUUCGUCGUAAACUUUACCGGGUGGUUCGUUAUAAGCUUCAUAGGAGGAACAAUAACAAAAGGUCGUCAAGAAUUAUUUAAUUACCUGAGUGGAAAAAGUUGGAAAAAAAAUAAUUUGGACAAUAUGUUGGACCAUCGCUUAAAUUCUCGUCAUCUCGGUCAUUUUGAAGAAUUUCAUUCAUCUUCAUUAGAUAGUUUACCUUCAAUACCAAGCUAUCGUUCUACCCCUAAAUCAAAUAAAAGUAUAAUAAAUUCGAAUAAAUUCGAUUCACUUUUAUCAUUGGAUUUCUCAUUUAUUGGGUUAACCGGUGAUAGUAAAUCAAAUAAACCUCAAAAGAAUCUUAAAGUUCUACCUCCUUCCGAAUAUUCUCAAAAACGUAACGAGAAACGAACGAAAAGUAUGAAAGAAAGACAUAGUCCUGAAGUUCCAUCACAAUUAGGUCCAAAUAGACCAAAAGAAUGGAAAUCAGCCGUGGAUUAUUAUCCAAGCGAACGUCACUCUCAUCAACCAAAAUCAAAAUCAAAACUUUCCGUUACAGACAAGAUGAUCGAAUCAACUGCCGCAUACCGCGUGGGCAAAAAAUGUAACGGUUGGAUAAACGGCGAUGCUGAAGAAUAUGCAAUUAAAAAACAACAACAACAAAUGGAUUCAAUGAUGGAUUGUACGAAUUUCAAUUCAUAUGAUGAUCCAUUCUAUUCAAAUGAACCAAUCAAGGAUUUGAAUGUUCGGUUAGAUCAAGAAAGACCAAAGAUCACCAAGAAAAAUCGACGAAACUCUCUCAAGUCUCCUUCCAGUUCUUUACAACAUGCAAGGCAAUAUUUAACCAUUUUAUUAAAAAUCAAAAGAGGAAUGAAUUUAUAG